GAAGUGGCACAGUUUGUGACAGUUCUCCUCGUGUUUCGACCGGCUAAUUAGGAUUGCUAGGAAAGUUCUUUGGAUUCUUUCGUGCUGGGAUUUGCUUGGGAUUCCACAAGUAGACAUUAUUGUCUCUUGGUUCUUGGUGGCACUGGUAUUCUCGAAUGCGUCUGACGUGUAAGGAACUCAACUUUCAUGACAGAUAGGGAUAAGCUUUUGGGAUAUUUUCUUUAAGUGUGACAUCGUGGAUAGUUCAUCAACCUAAAACCAUAGGAAUACUACCUUGGUGUCAUCGCGUGUCUUAACGUUACGCUGAACUUCAGGAUUAAACAUUUUUAAGAAAGAUUAUUCUUGGAGUUCAAAUUCGUUUUGUAUGAAAGGAUUGGAUGUUUCCCUAAUUGGAAUAAGGAUACCUCGAUCGAUCACUAAGGAUUGAGUUGCCGAAGUGGACACUUUUAUAGGAACAUUGGUCGGACUUUUUGUGGAUAUUAGUCGGAUUCUUCUACAAAGUAUAUACUCUGGACCCUUCCUCGUCGUACUGACUGAUCGACUGAUAUCAAUCACUUAGUUACUUGGAUAACGUUGUGACGUCAUAAUUCCAAGAUGGCGUCCUCGAGUUGGAUACAGUAUCAAAAAGUGAUAUGUUUAGUCUUCGUCCUCGGAUUAGUAAAAGAUAUAGCCGGCCAAUGCACCUUCCCCGAAUGGUUACAAACACCAAGUAAGAAAGGCUGGAUCACCAAAAGAGACUAUUACACAUCAGCCAACUACUGGCGUGAACAGAUACACGUGAUGGUGGAAGAACAGAGCAUGACCUACGAGAAGGUGGAGAAGCAGUGCGAAGAUGACAUUCAGGCGUGCGAGAGGGUGCUGCCAAUGUAUAAGAGGAGUUGUGUGAAAAAUAUGGGACAGGGGAGGUACCUUGUCAAGCAUGAACAGACAGGACGAGGGGAGCAAUAUCUUUGUAUGCACGUUUCGUCCAAGACUAAGAACGUUUUACAAGUAAAAUAUGGUCCGACCAGCUCUCUGAUGGACGACUCAUUAUGUAUCGAAAGUAAACUGAAUAGAGACGAAUGGCCUUGGGUUUCCCAGGACCACAAGGAAUGGACUUUCUGUCCCCUCGUUGGAGGUUUCGAAUUCCACACAUUCAGCUAUGCUACUCAGGAGGACAUCUGCCCCUCGGAAUGGCGUUUAUCCCGAGUCGAGAUCGACUGCAUGAAAGGAGAAGGAAUGGAGUUCAUGUUUCCUGAUACGGGGUGCAACCCGUUCUGGGAAACAGAAAGUAUGUCUGAUUCCCCCGAAAAUUCAACUCGGCUUUUCUGCUAUGGUAAUUGGGAGGAAAAUGGCUUCAAAUACGUCAUGUUGAACAUCCCAGGCGAAUUUCCAAAAUAUUCGAUGCGUCUACCCCUUAUUUUGGGCGGCUCUAACCAAGAUGUGUUCCUCUACAAAGGACUGGUCGCACCCACGGCUUCUGACGGAAGGCCCCCAGAUGGUGUCAAACACUUCAAGAUGAGCAUGAAGCGAUCUGAUUCUGCCCUGUGUACGGAUGAGAGUGACAAGUGUCAAGAAUUCGCCCGAGCAGGCUAUUGUACCAGCCGUCCUCGCUAUGAAUACGCACAGUAUUGCAAGAGAUCGUGCAGAAUAUGUGACAGAAACGGCGCAUCUAUCUCAGUAGAGAACGACCCCUCCGGCCAGGCCGAAUGCCUCUUCCCCAAGGAAUAUCAGGGAGGCUGGAAGCUCUACCAGAAAGACAGAGUGGAGGACGUAGCCUUCACAGAGAGGCACGUCUUCUUUACGACACUUGGAAAGUUCGUAUGCAAGAGUAAGGACUACGCUGAGGCCAAGUACAAGGUACUUGCCACUUACUUCAAUGGAUGCCGCCCAAGGUAUACGUGCAUGGAAUUCGCCACUCCUUCAGACAACUUGUUGCAGUACAGACUAUCUGAGAGUCAUAAGAUGGACACCCACUUCAAGAAACUCUGUGUGUUUAAGGACGACCCAGAACCACUCGGUGACAUGUUCAGAGGAAAACACAUGAAAACCUUAGUCACUCGCAGCAAGAUUAAAAACACCAACUGCAACAUAUACGGCGUCACACCCGUCACGGCGAGCGUCGGCGAUACAUCAUGUAAAGGAAGCAUAUCUGAUUGGGACCCAUUUAAAUGCAACAAGGGAAGUGAACUCACAGUAACGCUGAACCAGUGCCCAAAACUGAAGCGAUCUGAAGAAUAUACGUGCAUUGCUCGAAUAAAUCCGAAAGGAGACGCAAAUUCAGAUUCCUACUUAUUCACACAAUCAAAGAAUAAUAGUGAAGUGUUUAACUGCUGGAUUAUCCAUAGAAAUGGCGAUGGCAGCAAGGUCAUUUACAAGAUGCCCUCGCCGCAGUGUGACCCCGACACAUCUAGUUUAGUCACGACGAAAAAACCUCCUGCUGCCACCUAUCAGUUAUUUGAAGAUAAGAGAACUCAAACGUGCUUUGAAAAAACAACCGAAGCAGUAGCAACGACGCCCUCGUCUAAAAACACCAAACCAUUUGGUAAGGAUGACAUGAGCAAGGAGCCCAAGGACCAAAGCAGAACUGGUACUGACGGUAAAAAUGACGUGCAAAAACCAGGAUCUGUUCGAACUUCUGCGAGUAGUGUACAAGUAAACGUAAUCUUAGUAGUAUUUUUAGCAAUUCUUACAAAAAUGGCGGCACAUUGAUAGUAGUGACACCUAUGCAUGAGCUCAUGGACUAUUAAUUAACUAUCGUUCGGAACAACUGAAAGCCUAGAGAGGGAGCCACAUGUUUCCAUGACACCAUUGCAAUGUGACGCGUUGGUACAUGUAAGCAGAAGUACGGAGAAGCAAACUGUGGGACCACAUUCAUGGGUUAAAAGUGGACAUCAUUUAGAAAUUCGGAUAUCAUGAUAUAUGCAGACUUGUUUCCCAGACUUGGUCAUGCUUGCAGUCUUAACAUUUUCUUGAAAGACUAAGCAAGAAAGUCGCCACUGGCAUGCAUUCCCAAUGCUCAGUAGACUAACGGACGUAAAGCGGUCAGAGAAUGAACGGUUAUUCAAGGAUAUAUUCGAUGAAGCUUGCCGCUUUAUUCUCGGUAUUGGGUUGGUUGUGCUUCGUGUAGCUUUAAGCUGGCAUCACAUGGCACAUGGACAGGACAAGUGUCUGCAGAGCAGUAGAAUACCCGAGUUGGGACGGGUUUCGGUGGUCAGUGAAUGAGGAACAAGACUGAUGCAGAAUGACAAAGGUUCUCGGAACUACAGGAUUGCUGCUGAGAUCGCGUCCACUGGGAUUCAAUAAGGAUCCUGUGAAUUUUGAUAAAAUACUCAGUCUGAAGUUAGGCCACAGUGCUAUUGCUGUCUGUUAUGUAAAGGCAAGAAUAGACAUAGUUCGGCCUAAAGCUUGAAGCACACAGAGGUAAAAUGUCGGCGAUAUCAUGUCUCAGAAAUGUUAUUCUGGGUUGACCAUAGGCACCACGAUCUUAAGGGAUUUUAAAGACCUCUGUGACACAAUCUCACGGAUGUUUUCUCUGUGUGCUCCGAGCUUAAGUUGUUACGUAGCACAAUGUGCGAACAUUCUGUUCCAAGUUAAUCGUAUUAAUUGCUAAUCAAUGCAUAAAAACAGCAAAGGUAUCUCCAAUGACAAUUGAUAUAUGUAAUGUGUGUCUUAUGGUCAUGUGAUUCAUGAAUCAAUUAACAGUGUCACGUGAUUGACCGUGACGUCAUGAUGACGUCACGCUCGUAAAGUCGGGAAAUGGUACCCCAGAAAACUGCCAAGGCAACUCGACUCCGAUGUGUGAACCAUUUCAGAUUGAUUUAAACUCCGAAGUGUAUAAUGUGUACGGAGUAAAGCACACAUGUUCACUCUGACUGCACGUGAAAUCCAAUCAUAUUAAUAUGGUGAACAUACUUUAAAGGAACAAUUUGGGCGUGGGAUUUAUUUCGUUGGAGGAUAAUAAGUAAUAACCCAAAAGGCCACUAGGCGGUGCUGCUUGUAUUAUAAUUUUAAAAUACUCUAGCGAGGCCUUGGCAAAGCUGUAACAAGUGUCUGUGAGUUGGAUUUGGAAAUAAAUUGGCGGCAGGCCUACUGUUUGGCGCAGUUUCAUAUCUUUUCAGUGUUCCUGUCUACUGGAAACCAUCGGGUAGGGAAAAUGAAGAAUUCUCACGCCCUGCUUGUCCCUUGACAUUUCGAAAUGUGGUUUGCUAGUCACUCACUGCUGAACUUGAAAUGUAGAUUUGAUGUCGGUGUCAAGUACGUAGAAUAGAACUAACUCUCUUGUUUAUAAAUCUGUGAAAGGCGACUAACAGUUUGCCACAUAAUCUUUUGUAAACUAUGUAAUAACUGAUCGUUUUUACAAUGAUUGUAAAUCAAUAAAAACAAUGGAAACAAAUUAUUAGUUUCUGAAAAUGAGUGUCGGAUAUUUUGGACUUUUGGUUUGGAUGAUAACGCAUUUGGACUUUAGUAGGCCUAUUGAGACCUUUUGAAACUAGUAGUCCAGUAUUGUCCAGUGUGUUAUGUGUACUGAGUUUAUAUCAAUAAGGCUACUAUGAUGUGCGAAUGGCGCUGAAUAUUACAGAACCCAUAAAGCCCUUUUACUGUAUUUUCAGAGCACAGAUUACGCUUCUGCACAGAUCAUACUGCUUGGUAAAUAUUUUCUAUGGGUUGUAAUGUUCCGAAAUGAUAUUAUGUAAAACUGUUUGAGUCUUGACUUUGAAGACGCCUUUACUUUUCAAAACACUGACUAUUUUUGAGUUUGUUCUUGUGUCAUGAUGACAACAAAUCGAAAUUCGCCGCCACCGAAAAUCUUGUGUGUGUACUCUAGAUAAGGUAAAGUACAGUUAAUAGAGCCCUAGUACAGCCGCAGUACAGCUGUAGCUAAAGGUAUACAUUAAUGCACAUAUAGGGUACCUUCCCUUAUAUAAAACACUGACGCACGAUAAUGCCUUAAAUCAUCAUGGUCUUCAGGCCGAGUUCAAUGCACCGUUUAUUGUCUUUAAACAAAGCCCGCUCACACCUGAUCUAAAGUUCCAUUGUUCUUUUGUCUUAUCAAUGGGUUCAGGGCAAAUCUUUAUAACGUCGACCCCGACGUGGGCUUUCCAUUGUCAUAAUUUCUUUCUUUAAGCUGCCGUUAUAGCCCUAUAUAGUUAGCCUAGAAUUGUGUUGAUUACCUCAGAAGUGAAGGAAUUCAAAUGAGUGUGGGAAGUAUUGAUAUAUAUAUACAUUAUCAUUACCAAAACUAUUUGUUUUUUAAAUGAUAUAUUCCUAAUCGCACUGGCAGUUUCUGUUAUUUGGAACUCCGAAAACGGGUGGAGCAUUUCGUUGAAAUAUUUCAGCUAUCUUUUAUUGCGCUGUCUAUUUCUUUUUCUAAACAAAAGUGUGUUGAUACUGUGAAUCGGUCCGGAGCAUGAUCCACUUUCGCACUUUCUGUGAAGCGGCGCGUCCAUUGGCUAUUCCUUGUGGACUUGUGGCAUUGCUUGCAUUGUCUGUAGCGCAUCACAAGAAAACACGGAACUAAGAGAAACUGCUAAAAGAAGAGUCUGUGGGAAUACGAUGUCGUAAAUACAAGUACAAUGUACGUCUAUAUUGCCAAUUCAGUUAUAGUUCGUAUCGGCUCAUGAUUCGUUUAUUUGGUGUUUAUACGCAAUGGAUUUACUGCUGCAUUAAAACAUGAUACGGACAUUUUCUAUGCAGGCGACGCAAGGAGCCUAGUAAAUAUUUACACUCCAAAAUCUUCUAUCAGCAACCACUUAAUCGUCGGGUGAUUAUUCGAAAAAAAUAUCUCUGCAUUUAUUUCCGAACUUUAGAAUCACAAAAUAUUUUAUUGGCACUACUUCCCGCAUCACAAAACACAAUGUAGAUACACUGACUUAGUCACAUUUAAAACUAGUUUCAAAAGCCAAUAGACUAUGAGGCAUACUUAAUUUAGAAAUACCAUAACUAGCUAAAAGAAUGUAUUUAUAAGUAAAAACAAGAAAACAUAGUUGUACUAACAGUAUCCCUUAUUUACGCUCCAUUGGUCGAUUAGCUAAAAUCGGGCAACGAAAUGUUGGCUUUGUGAUAUUCUACUUGACCCAAGACAUGUGCACUCGACUGUAGAGAAAGUUUGCAUGUCUUGGCAUGAAGUUAGGAUGGAUUGCUUACUGGUGGAGCAAAGAGUACAGCACGUGUUCGUAGAUUGUAUUUAUUCCGUUUUUUAUAUUUAUGUUAUAUAAUCUGUAUAUUACUGUAAUUUGUGUGGAGACCAAUCGAUGCUACUACGGCUGUGGAAUUGGCCAGGACCUGUCGAAACUUUUAAGGCGACAACACCACAACGGCCCCUGACCAUAUUUACAGCAUUCUUUAUUUAAACUGCAACACCCCAUCUGGGUGUCUCUUCUUCCGGAUACGUGAUACUUCUGUCUUAAAUGACAUAACAUUUAUUAGAUAACAAUAUAUUGGGUCGAAAGGCGAUAAAAUUUUGUCACUUUCAAUGAGAAUGGAGUUGCUUAAUCUUUUACUUUAAAUCCGUAAAUAAAUUGUUUACUUUGGGUUUUGAUUUUUAAAACUGACAUCUCUGACCGGCUAAACUGUCAUUUCAUCAUCCACUUGCUCGUUGUUUCUGUUCGAAUUUGUGUCACUUUUAACUCAGGACUUGCUACAUUGUAAAAGGGACAAGCAUAGUUCAGCCAAUUUUAUGAAUUAUCUGAGAUAAGUCUUGAUGAUACUAAGUUAUCAGGAAAAGUACGAAUAGCAUUUCGUCGUCUUACGUUUUCUCAGCAAAACCAUCGUUAUCAGUUCGUUUUUUAUCAAAAAUUGAAAUUCAAAAUUGGCGGUUUUGGUUGGUCACAAGAGUGGCACUAAAAUGAAACCAAAUCAAAAGCGCUUUGCUGAAGUUUUCAGUGAAGUAACAGCUCCUCCUAACGGUGUUUUGUAGAAAACGAAUAUCGAAAUAUCGAUUUCUACUCCGAAUAUAUCGCGUGAUAAAAUUAGUGUUUAACAGAUAUUGCUAAUGAAGAUUAGCAUUUUAUUUCAACUCAAGCCGUUACACAUAUACAAUCAUGCAACCAGAACGAGGCUUAUGCAUUUACAUUCAAAACAACCAAAAGCGCCUAAAGUUGUGCAUAAAUUUUAUACUUCCAGCUGAUACAAAUUAAAACGUGGCGGUCUUAUUGAAUGGUAUGUGUGGGUUUAUUUUCGUGGCUUUUUUUAGUGAUUUUACAUUGAGAUAUCCUUCCUGGGCGCCUGGGAUAUACAGUAUCAUUAGUUCAAUCGUACGUUUUUUUGCGUUGAUGAAGCCGUGAUUUUCUAUUGAUAUACAGGAGGCAUCAAGAACAAUGCUGCAACAUAGGUGUCUUUGUACACUCAUAUAUCAAUCACCACACCUUCGCGUAAAUGUUCCUCAAAAUGUUCUUCACUUUGAUCUAUUCCAAGGUUGAAGUAGUUAGCAUUUUCUGAUGCAUCCUGUAUGUCAUAAUUACAUUAUAUGGUAUUUACUGUGUAUAAUGAGUAUAUGAAUUUUCUUUUAUCGUAACCGUUUGAAAUGCUGCUUUUGCCGCAAUUGAAUCAGACUUGCCACAAUUUACCCUAAGUCACUUUUCUGCCACUAAAUGAUACACAGUAAGAGGUAUGACGAUAUUACCAAUUGAAGAUACUCCAAAUAUGAAAAUUGUCUUUUUAGUCCAUCUGACUUCGAACUUCGAACAUAUUGGUAUUGUUUCGACACUGUUCCGCAGCAAUUACAUGUAACGUCUGUUUUCCAUGCCGAUUUACAAUGAAUCGUCUUUACGUGUCAGUUCAAAACUCUAGUACUAGGGGGAGUUUUGGACGGUCACAUUCUAUUGCCACACGGUUACAUUUGCCGAUUAUUGGACACCAGUUACCCGGCUGGCUGCCUGCUGAUUGGUUCUUGAAUUUAUAGGCGCUAAAUAAGCACGGUAACCUGGUCCCCAAGGCUCAAUAGCGUCUUCUUCCCCCAAUACUUUACUCAAAAAAUCUAUUCAGUCUUUUAUAGAACUUUGGGGACACGGUUUGGAAUUGUGUUGAGUGUUACAAUAAUUAUGGCCAAAAUUAUGUAAAUAUUCAUCUUAGUCGGACUCGUACAUGAAUGUUAUAUAUUUCUCCUACUCAAAUGUUAAAUCAGACAGUUGCAACUUUUUUAAGUGAUUCCGUUUCUCAGUGUCUCUCCUUAUUGUUUGGAAACACCGAAACGUAGAUUGGCACGUUUUUCUGCCAUUUCCUCCUUUGGAAAGUCACGGUCUCUCUAGUUUUCUAUUGUACUGAAACACUGAAAUAUAGGGACAACUAAAGAUGUUACACUGAUGAGUUCAUUUGAGUAGUCCCGAAGAAGACAUCGACACCUUCUCAACGUUUGGAAAAUGAACAUACAUUUCUUCUACCUAUCAAUUUUGUGUACAUUGUAGUGUAACUUACCUUUGUACAUGCUCACAUGUAGUUCGUAAAUAAGUUUUAUAUAUGUGGAUACAUCCUCUCAUAGUAAGCCUUUGGAUUCUAAGAACGAUACAAAUGCCUGCUGUUGGAGGUUGAUAAAGUAGGUUUCAAACUAAGUACUACGCCGCCAAAUCAUAGCUCUUAUGAUAUCCAUUUUUCGUCAUUAGGAAUGGAGAGGUUUACCUUCCUAAUAUCUACUCCAAACUAUGUUGACGUUCGUUUGCGCUGAGAACCGGUAUUCUUCUUCACUGACUAUGAUUUUAUUGUCAUUUUGUAUACAAAAGAUCGAAAGAACCGCCCUAUGGUUCGUAACGUAAUACGUUACUAAACCUCUGUAUUGUCGGAGAAAGAUCAACUUUUUAUAUGAUAUCCACCGAUUUCCGAUAGCUCUAAAAUUAGGCAAUUUGAUCGGACAAUAUCACCGGAGAUGCAAAUUUCGGCAAUUUGGUUAGCAAAUUCACCGGAAGUAGCCUCAAAAUUCUGCUCUUUGAAAUCCAUGAAUGGAUGACUUGAGGACAGAUCUAUAGCAAUGCCAGUUUCAAUAACAUGGAUAAAGACUAGAUACCUAUACAGAAUUUGCUUCCCAAUCUUAUCAUUAUAUAUUGUAUCCGUCUGUAAAACUGUAUAAAUCGAUUCCUUUGCAGGGUAAUCAGCCGCAUACAAGUUAUAUAUGUGUGAUAUUUCAUGUUCAUUGUCACCAAUUCGAAAUAUUAUAUUCUUUAGAAGUCAUUUCGAACAACUGAUAGACAGCACCACAGCCUCUUUGUUGAUAACAUUCAACCACUUAGUUCGAGAUUUUGUCCGAUGAAUUUGCAGGCGAAAUUUGUACAAUAGCCCAUGAUUUUAUAUGGAAGUUGAAGUCCAUAACAGCAUCAAAUAAUCUACGGUUUUGUACAGAGAUAACUUUGGCCAUUUUGGUCAACUGUAAAUAACUAAAAUGUCUUCUGUUCUUAUGUAUUGAAUAUGACAUACACUUACAUGUACAUGUACAUCUAGCUUAAUACUUCGUUUGCUUGGGGUGUACAUUCAGAGAGGAGGUAACGUGAUGAUAUCAUCAUUCUUUUUGAGUUCAUACCAUAUAAUAAUGCCAAUAGUAUUUACAUGCAUCGUAGUUCCUCGGCUCUGAUGUCGUCACGGUCCACUCUCCUGGGAUGUAACAAUUUGUGUUGGAAUAAUGCCGUGCUCCAGUUGAACGAGGUUGGAUGGGAAAUGCUUCGGGGGAAAGGCUCGGUAUGUCCCAGCAUGAAAUGUGAAAGAUUCAUUAUAUAUUCCUGCACAUAUUAUAACGUCACACAAUGUAAACUAAAGACUGCAAAUCAAAUGUGCGCAUGCAGUUAUGUAAUUGUUCAGUAAUGUUAGAUCCCUCCGAGGUCUAUAUAAUGUAUUAUUUGGUGAAAAAAAAAAGAUUCGCAUUUGAUAUUGGGUGGGACGUUUCAAGUAGCAGAAAACAUUACACUCUGAAGAGUAAGGGGUUCGGAGCGUUUAAAAGCCUGUUAGGGUUUUUCAGCCAACGCAGACAUAUGUAUGCAUCCCAAAGUAUCUUUCAGGAAAAUGGAAAACCAUUAAAAGUUUCUGACCUAGUGAAAACCCUCGAAGGGCUUUUGAUUUCCCUGAGAAACAUAUAUUUCUGGUAGAAAAACCUGGGUAAAGUGAUCGUCCAUCCGAUGAAGGCAAACAAGAAAAAUUGAUUGUGUGAGAAUGGAUAAACUUCUGAAAAUAAUAGCGAAAUAUUGAUAGGUUUACUUAAAAUGUACUAUGGGGGCUGUCGAUAUACUCAUUCAAAACGCAUACAAUCAUAGGAUGUAUGAUAUGUCGCAUAUUUUAUAAAAGAACGAAAUAAAAGAAACUUUGUUGAA